AUGGCUUUCCCUUGGAUCUACGCCGUUCGCAUCGCACAAAUCCUUUUUGGCCUGAUCGUAUUGGCCUUGACGGCCUAUGUGGUCAGUACCUUCAACGGGUGGUCGUACUCCAGUACUGUGGAUUUCAACCUGUUUUUGGGCUGCUGGACAACGUUUCUGGCCACUCCUUACCUGGCCGCCGCGCCGAUCUAUGCACCGCGACUCGCCCACCACUAUGUGAUUCCGGCCGUCGAGGUGGUUACAAUGAUCUUUUGGUUUGCGGGCUUUAUCGCCAUGGGCGCUGAGUUGCCGCCUGCGGUCGGCUGCACUUGGAGUACCUGUCGUGCCCUCCAAGCCGUCACGGUGUUUGGAUCCUUUGAAUGGGCUCUUUUCGUUGUCACCACUUAUUUUGCCAUUGUCGACCUCAUGCACCACCGCAAUAGCGGCGAAACUGCUCAAAAGACCCACAAUGCCCAUCUUGGAGUCUGA